GACUAUAAAUCUCAGAACUGUUGGGGAUCUCCCUGUCAAACAUCACCUCUCAUUCACAGCUCCAGAAACAUGACCUUCAUCACCAUGAAGUCAUCGCUCAUCUUCUGUGUUCUCCUGUGUGUCGUCCUCUCUGUCAGGGCUGCAUCACUGCCUCUUUCUGAAGAGAGUUCUACUGUCGAACUCAUCACAACCCCAGUCACUACUGUACCUAAUCUAACCAGUUACCAAAGAACUAUUUACGACGACACCACCAUGAUGACCACUGUUGAAGAUAUCACAACCGCAACCCCAGUCACAUCUUGUAAUACAUCUCCACCAAGUACAACACCUAUACCCACAACUAUUUACGACGACACCACCAUGAUGACCACUGUUGAAGAUAUCACAACCCCAGUCACAUCUUGUAAUACAUCUCCACCAAGUACAACACCUAUACCCACAAUCCAUUACACGCCGAGCCAGAUGAUGUGUCCUGAAGGAUGGGAGGUGUUCCAAGGACGCUGCUACUUCUUUGUGGCCACCAGCGUUACCUGGUCUCAGGCUCAGUCCAGCUGUGCCAUGAUGGAUUCCAUGUUGGUCUCUGUCCACAGCGCUGAGGAGUACGGUUUCCUCCAGCAGCUCACCACCAGUAAUGAACUUGAUAGCGCUUGGCUGGGCGGGUUCUACUUACAGGACCAGUGGUUAUGGAUUGAUGGAUCCUGGUUCUACAACAACACCUGGGGCUACAUGAUAGACACAGAGCGCAGCAACCCGUGCCUGGUGCUCAAUUCUUAUGAGGACUGGAGCAAUUCCCCAUGCAACCCCGACAGCUAUCCCUACAUCUGCAUGAAGCCGUCCAACGUCCCAACAUCGAUGCUGUGCCCUCAAGGCUGGACGGGCUUUGUCGGCCGCUGUUACUACUACAACGAAAACAGUCUGACCUGGGCUGAUGCUGAUACUUCCUGUGCUGGUCUCCAGGCCAGCCUCGUCUCCGUCCACAACCCUCAGGAGUAUGCCUUCCUCUAUCAGCAAACCGAUGGUUUCGGAUCAGCCUGGCUGGGUGGAUUCUACCUUGAGGACCAAUGGUUGUGGCUCGAUGGUUCCUGGUUUUAUCAGGGAUUCUUUACUGACAUGUCUGUUCCUGACACCACCCAGGCGUGCCUUACAACAUACACCCCGGAGGGUUGGACCAACUUUCCCUGUGAUAACACCUACCCUUCAUUUUGCGUGAAAGAUGCAGUUGUAUAAAGGAUGCACUUGAAAUAUUUAGACAAAGGCUUUUAUGGAAUAAAGAGCAAAUUUAACCUUCCUCAAUAUUCUUACCAAAUCAAAUCUGUCCUGUUUAUAUUUUGCAAACAAAUUAAAGAGUCAUUUAUCACCCCUGA